AUGGACGUACUUAUAGGAUUUGAGACGAAUGCCCAGGGGAAGGGAGCGAGUGUUACGACGGAACAAGAAGGCUGGCCAACUACAGGACAGGAAGGAGGGAGGUCGCAUGAGACCGGCCCUGUUAGCGUUACAAUCCCUCCUGCCGUCACCGCCUCCGUCCGGGACCUGCUGGCGCUGCAGUCGGACUUCGGCGCUGCCGUGGGUGGCGUCCGCGUUGGCCUCCGCGCCCGCAUCGUGGCUGCUGCUGCCGCCCUCCCUGCGGAGGUUCGCGUGGCUGUCUCUGUGGCGCCUUCUGCGGUGGAGACGAGCGCCGCCCUCCUCCGCAACUCGGAGGAGACGCUGGUGGUCCUCCGCCAGAUGCAGCGUAGCAUGGCUGCUCUCACUGCGGGUGGGAGGAAGGGGAAGGGGAAGAAGCGGGGGUAG